AUCAGGGUGCAAUACACUGAUGAAUGGCGCUCGAAACACUAAACAAUGUCUUGCGUGUCAAAAUAGCUUACUGAUUCUCCCUCUUUUAGCUUAUCACUGUUGGAUAAUUUUCGUUGUAGGAUGUAAGCCUAUUCAAGAUCGCAUAGAGGAGUAAAACUUUGAAAAUGGCAGAAACGUUUAGUGACAAUUCAAGUGAUUCAGCAGCGGAAAUUUCGGGGACUAAUAAUACGGCUACAGCUGCCUUCAAACCACAGUCAGGUCUGCAACGGCUGGAUAUCAUUGGCACAUCUCCUAAAGCACUAGAUGUUGUCAAUCUUUUGGAUUCCCAUGUUGUUUUAUUACCUGGGGGAAGAGAUCCUAGUGGUCAUCCGCUCAUCACUUUUCCAAGCAUAGGUAGCUUAAGAGAAAAGAUCGGAAGAGAAGAUUACAAGAAGGUUCUACACUAUUUGGCUUCCAUAACCAGCCCUGAAUCCCAAGAAGUUGGUUUUACAGUCAUCAUUGACACCAGGGGCUCCUCAUAUAAUGCAAUCAAACCAAUAUUGAAAACAUUAGAGGAGGGAAAGAUACCUAAUUUGAAAAUAAAUCAUGUUUAUCUGACUAAGCCAGAUACCUUUUGGCAAAAACAAAGAACUCUUCUUGCCAAAGGGAAAUAUCGCUUUGAGACUGAAAUGUUAAGUCUGGAAGGCUUGGCAAAAGUGGUUGACUCAAGCCAGUUACCUUCGGAUUUAAAUGGAAAUCUGCAAUACAACCAUCAAGUGUGGUUGGAAAUGCGGUUGGCUGUAGAAGACUGCCUGUUAAAGGCCAAUGAUUUACUGGAUUCAUAUGAAGAUGUCAAAGACCAAAUGGAAGAUCUUGUUACUUGGUUAGACGAUUGGAAAUGGGGAGGUCACGGCCAGCCGGAAAAUCAUGGAGUAGAAUAUCUAAAGGAUAACCUGCAGCGGCAUAUCGAAAUUCGGAAAAGAAUUCGUGGUGAAACCGUGGAACAACUGCAAAAUUUAGUACACAACGUUCUUCAAAGAAUAAAAUCGGAUCCUUUUCUAAAUUCAAACCCUGAAUUCCAGUUUAGUGUUACUCAAUUAACCAAAGCAAUGCACGCAAUUCACAAAGCGUAUGGUCAAGUGUGUGAUUCUUGGCAGCAAAGGAAACUACAGUUAGAUCAAGGCAUCCAGCUUCGCAUGUUCGAAGCUGACUGUCAGAAGAUGUUUGACUGGAUGUUUCAGUCCCGGGAAGAAUUCCUAAUAAACUAUUUUGAUAUCGGAAAUUCGCAUGUUUCAUCCAAAGAAUUACAGGAGCAUCACAAAUGUUUUUCGCUCAGCUCAAUGGAUAUGUACGUAACGGUCAAUCGCCUCUUAUCACUGGCAGGACGUCUGUUAGAUAGCCGUCAUUUUGCAUCUUCUUCUAUUCGACAAGUUGCUCUACUUUUAGAAAAGGGAUGGAAAGAAUUUGCCUCGUUACUUGAUUUACGGACUCAGGUCUUAGGCUUAAGUGUUACCUUCCAUCAAAAAGCUGAACAGUACGUAAGCAGUGUUCCAGUUUGGUCACCGCAAUGCGAUGAUGGAGCAACAAAUGUCCCCGGUGCAGUUAAUCCAAAUGAAGGCUUAUUGGAGAACGCUAUUCAUCAACAUCAGUCGUUGUACGAGCUCAUGUGUCUGAAUUACACAGAGGUUCAUUCAACUAGCAAGAAAUUACUGUAUCAACUAGAUCAUUUGGUACAGCUAGCUAAUCAAAGUCGAAUUGAUGCCUCAAAUGAGAAACAGACAUAUCCCAGGCCAAAACCAUGGCCAUUAUCAACAAACCCUGCCGAAGAUUAUUCGAAAGGUGCUUCCCAUGUCUUGGCUGUGAUUCAUCAAAUCUUAAAUCACCAUAGGCAAUUGGAACAAAAAUGGAGUGUAAAGAAAGUCAAGUUGCACCAAAAACUUGCACUGCGGUUGUUCCAGGACGAUGUUAAACAGGUGCUCGAUUGGCUUGAAAAUCAUGGUGAAGUCUUCCUACGGAAAAAUGUUGGCAUCGGUCGAAAUCUGGCUAAGGCAAAAGCAUAUCAAAGAAGCCAUCAGCAUUUUGAAUGCGUAGCUCAAAACACUUUUACAAACGCUGAAAAACUGUUGGCAGCAGCAGAAGAAUUGGCCCAAACUGGAGAAUGUAGUCCUAAUGAAAUAUAUGCAGUUGCACGGCAAUUGGAGCAACACGUUGGUCGUUUUAUCAAUCGCGUGGCUCAGAGACGCCAUGUGUUGGAUCUUGCUGUUUUGUUUUACACACAUUUAGCCGAAGUAACCGCGUGGCUUGAGAGUUUACGACGGCAUUUGUUGGAAGAUUUGAACUUUAGCACCGGUACACCAUCAUUAGAAGACACACAGAAUAUCCUGGAGCAAAUGGCUCUUCGUAAAGACUCCACUACGGAGGGAUGUUUGAACACACUAGCUGAAGGCACUUCGUUGAUUGAGCAGUUGAGCGCUGUUGGGCAAACGGCAGAAAACGACACUACAGGGUCUUUUAGCGUGAUCGAAACGUCAAUGGAAAGACUGAAUCAGUUGAACGAAGAAGUUCUUACGCACUGGAAAGACCAAAACAUGAAACUGGAGAUGUACAUCCAGUGGAAAAUUUGGGAACGCGACGCUCUCGAAGUUUCGUCCCAGUUGGAAAUGUGGUCUCAAGAGCUCAGCGCCGCCCAAAAUGGAGCUGAAGCCCCUCCUACGGGCGUCACAGGGGAUGUCUUGGGAGAUGUAGCGCGUACCGAGUCUCUCCUGCAGCAUCACAAUGAUUCCUUGAAUCAUAUGCAGAACGCCGUUUUCAAUAUACUUCAACGUGGUCAGGAAAUCCUCCACGUUCUGGAGACUACAAAUCCUACUGCCCAGUUGUUGCAGGGUUCCGAGUCUCGCACCCAAGCUCUACUGGAAACGCUCCACAAGUCUCGGAUGGACCUCGAUGAUGUAGCCGAGUUGAGACGCGUUAGCCUAGAGCUGGACGUUCAGAUAGUUCAUUUGCAAGUAGAAGCUAAUCAGGUCAUGUCAUGGAUCCGAAAUGGAGAAGCCAUGCUCUUGGCGUCCCUCUCCCUACCAAACAACUUGGCCGAAGCCGAACAACUGCGCGGAGAGCACGGCCACUUUCAGGUCGCAAUAGAGCGAACGCACGCGUCAGCUAAUCAGUGCCUGCGGAAAGCUGAAACCCUCCUGCAUUCAACAACGGGGCUUAGCAAUAUUCAGCGGCAAACGCUCAGCGAUGUCAUUGAUGGCGUGACACGUAAAUGGCAAAACCUCGUUCAGUGCGCUGAAGAGAGACACAAACUCGUAACAGCUAGUCUCAACUUUUAUAAAACAGCUGAACAAGUUUGUUCUGUACUAGACAGCCUUGAACGCGAAUACCGUAGAGAAGAAGAUUUUUGUGGAUCCGCUAAUGCAUCAGUCAACCAUGUGAUAGAUGAAAACGUAAAAUCGGAUGUCAUGCCUCAGUUGAUUCACCGCCAUCAAGAACAAAAAGAAAAUUUCCUCAAAGCUUGCACGUUAGCUAGACGGACUGCCGAAACAUUUCUUAAGUAUUCCAGUCGCAGCCUUCAGUUUUACUCCUUAAAAGGGGAGGCGAGUUAUCGCGGACCGGAACAGAGAGUUAAAGGAAUCUUGGAAAAGUUACUAAGUCAAGAAAAUAGAGUACUGGAAGUGUGGACGGGACGAAAAAAGCGACUCGAUCAGUGCAGCAAUUUUAGCGCAUUUAUUCGCUCCGUACGCCAAGUUCUGGAUUGGCUUUCCACGUCUGGAGAGAGCUACCUGUCUUUACACCCAGUCAGAGAUAUCAAAAAUCUUUCCAAGGACGUCGCACAGGAAUGGCUCGAGGAUAAUAAGAAGUUCAGAGAAGAGGCCAAGGAAAUCCGUGAUAAAGUCAAAUUACUCCUGCAAUUGGCUGAUACACUCCUGUCGAGCGGGAAUAACGUUCAUACCCAAGCCAUUAGUCAUUGGGCCGACAACGUUGACCUGAAAUACAAGGACUUUAGCAGUCGUAUCGACCAGCUGAAGCUCCAGUUGGAAGCACGUUUAGGCAUUACGCUGGCCAGAUCACCAACGGAUCCCAAACCAGACUUACCGAUUCCUUCUCAGCCACAGCCUCCUGCGCAAAGUCAGCAACCCGAUGAUGGCAAAAGGAAAUCGGCUCGCCGAAAGGAAUUUAUUAUGGCCGAGCUGCUGCAGACGGAGCAGAGUUACGUCAAAGACUUGGAAAUCUGCAUCAAGUUUUACUUCAAUGCCCUGCGCAACCAAAGUAACGAGUUCAAAGCCCAGCCGGGAUUGGUCAACAAGGAGGAUAUCCUUUUCUCCAACAUGAAAGAUAUUCUGGAAUUUCACAAAGAAAUUUUUCUCAAAGAGCUUCAAAAGUACGAGGCCAUGCCAGAAGACGUGGGCCAUUGCUUCGUAACUUGGGCUCAGAAAUUCGACAUCUACGUGCACUAUUGCAAAGAUAUGCAAGAAUCUAACGCAGUGCUUGUCCAGCACGGAGGAGUUCCUUUCUUUGAAGCGGUGCAGAAGAGGUACAACAUCGAGCAUCCCAUCAGCGCCUACCUGAUCAAACCAGUUCAGCGAAUCACCAAAUACCAGCUUCUUUUGAAAGAGCUUCAAAGCUGCUGUGAUGAAGAGGGCAAAGGAGAACUUAAGGAUGGACUGGAAGUAAUGUUAAAUGUUCCGAAAAAAGUGAACGAUGCGUUACACGUCUCUUUAUUGGACGGGUGUGAUCUAUCACACGACAAGCUGGGGGAUGUUAUUAUGCACGACACCUUUCAAGUAUGGGAUCCUAAACCUUUGAUUCGCAAAGGUCGUGACCGGCAUUUAUUCCUGUUCGAGUUGCAUUUAAUCUUUGCCAAAGAAGUCAAGGAUUCACAGGGCAAAUCAAAGUACGUUUUCAAGCAACGCCUGUUUGUGAGCGACGUCGGCGUCAACGAGAUCAAUGAAGGAGGAGGCGACGAGUGUAAAUUUGUCAUCUGGAGCAGAAGGUCCUCGUCAUUACCGGACGGCAAAAUCAUUCUCAAGGCCAACUCAAGUGAAGUCAAGAAUGCGUGGGUCCGCAAGAUGAAGGAAGUGGUACAAGAGUCGUAUCUCAACAGCGCUCUUCCGCUUUCCAAUGUCAGUCUAGAUCCGCUGCCAAAAAGCCCGCUGAAAGUGAGAUCGGCUGUUCAGCGAACCAGCAGAGAAAUGGAGGAUCACAAUGAACUUGACGACAGGAAUUCGCUGACGUCGCACGGAUCGGCCACCGCGGACAACGACAAGGGAGGGAGGAGCACGACGCCGUCUGACGCCGGCUCCACCGCCGCCCACUCUGCUACCUGGGAAGGUGCUACUCCUCCACCGGUGUCAUCAUCAACGCAUUCGGGCGAGUCUGAAAGUCAACAGCCAUUCACAGAAAAUCAUGAUGGUGCUCCGGCCGCCACGGCCACGUCGCCCUUGAGUAAACGCAAAGUCUUUGGCGGACGCAAAUGGGGACUGCCCGGCUUCCGCAAAUCCAGCCAAGGCAAACUGGGAGAGCCGGUCGCCAGUAGCAGCAACUCGGUCUCAGUCUCGUCGAGCAACAACAACAGCAGUUCCAACAAUCGGCUGCCGCCGCCGUUCCGCAAGUCGCAAAGCGACAAGAAAUUCAAGCUGCCGACCAGGACAAUUGGCGAGAUGGGAAAUAAAGAGAGCGUCGAAUUCAUCACGACAAGCGGAUCGGCUCCAGGAACAGCUGUCGGUGAUCCCAGCAAGGCCGUCAUGAGGACGUCGCUCUCCAUGGAACCAACGCCAGGAACGAACGACGAAGAGGAAGUGGAAGUCGAGUUGCCUCCUCCGAUGCCGCUAGUCAGUACGGCCACGUCUGUCGGCCAGCAUAACAACAGCACGGACAGCAGUUCAGCCACGCCUUUGGCAAACCUCCACAGUCAGGUUCCUAGCGGUGUCGUCGAUAGUAUCGUCGGCGGUAAUCAUCACUUGGUGACGGAAAUCGAAGAUCUCGUCCGAGAGAAAAUGGAGCAUCACAGCGAGAACGUACUUGGACUUGGCUCGCAAGGAAUGUGCUCGCUGGAGGAACAAGAACACGGUUUGCGCAACAUUCAGCUCGGCAUCAGCACAGACGAUGUCGAAUCCAUUCUGCGCAAACGACAGUACGUCCUGCAGGAACUGGUCGAGUCGGAGAGAGACUACGUCCGCGAUCUAGGCCAGAUCGUCGACGGUUACAUGGCGCUGAUGAGCCUGGGCAUCAACGGAGGGCACUCGGCCAAUGUUGGUGAUCCUUCCAGUCUGCCGGCUCCGCCGCCCGUACCCGACGAUCUCAAAGAGGGCAAGGACAAGAUCAUCUUCGGCAACGUCGAGGCCAUCUACAAUUGGCACAACGACGUGUUCCUUCAAGCCAUUGAAAAAUGCGGCGAGAACGUUGGCGAUUUGGGCCCAUUGUUCAAACGGUCGGAACGCAAACUACACAUGUACAUCGUCUAUUGUCAAAACAAAGCCAAAUCCGAGUACAUUGUCUCAGAGUACAUCGAUACCUACUUUGAAGAGCUGAGACAGCGACUCGGCCACCGUCUGACUAUCUGUGAUCUCCUCAUCAAACCCGUUCAAAGGAUUACCAAAUACCAGCUGCUGCUGCAAAAAUUGGUUGACUACAGUGAGAAAGGGCUGGACAUUCUUUCGCGGCGGAGUAGCGACGACGAUGUGAGCUCCAAUGCCGCCGCUGCCGCCACGAACACGGACCACCUGCGCAGCUCGCUCCAGGACGACGUGGAGACGCUGUCGCGAGCCCUUCACAUCAUGACCAUCGUGCCCAAAAUGGCCAACGACAUGAUGAUGGUCGGCAGGCUCCAGGGCUUUGACGGCAAGAUAACCGCCCAAGGCAAAUUGUUAUUGCAUGGUCAACUUUAUUGCAGCACGGAGCUGAGCAAAGUGCCGUCCAAAGAGUUCAAGGAGCUGCAAGUGUUUCUCUUCGAACAGGCCGUCAUCUUCAGCGAAGUAGUGGGCAAGCGGACGCAAUUCGGCCAGCCCGUCUUCAUUUACAAGGCUCACAUCCAGAUGAACAAGAUGUCGCUGGAUGAGAAAUUUGAAGUGGGCGAGGCCGGUGAGCCGCUGAAAUUUUUAGUCAGAUCAACAGAUCCGAGACAUACGAGCACCGGUGGCAGCGGAUCGGGUGCGUCGUCCAGUGGUGCUCAUUGCGCCUUCGUCUGUUACGCGCCUAGCCCCGAAGCUACCAACGAGUGGGUCGAGACGAUCAAACAGAUCCUGCAGUCGCAACGCGAUUUCCUUAAAGCCAUCCAGUCACCCAUCAAGUACCAGAAUGAGCAGCAGAGACUCAGCAGUGGUGGCGGAGCCGCCGGAAAUCUGGCCAGCCAGCACUUUGAUCACUGGCCCAGCUUAACGACGCGGCAGCCGUUCAAGAGAGGAGUGUCAUUCAACGCGACUGACAAUCCUGGCGGAAAAUGUAUGGAAAGACUGGAGAGAGCGGAAAAGAACGAAGGUGAGAGACGGAAGAUAUCAGGGACUUCAUCGGGUCUUCUAUCUCCGGUGAUGCCCCCGGUGACCACCAAACCCAAAAGCAAUUCGUUCAGCGUGAAACCACCGCCGCCCCGAAGACUCUCCUGGUUCUCUAGUCCGGGUGAAGCUGCCCGUCAGAGAGAAAGAGAAAUCAGGUUGGGCGGCAGAGCAAAAAGUAGAACUUUGUCGAUCGAUCAAGGAAGAUCCAGCAGUCGCGAUUGCCAAACAGACAAGGAAGAUCAAUUAUUAGAACCGGCUCAACAGCAGCAACAGCACCACUCCCACUUUGCAGUGUUGAAUCAUCUGCGUAGUUCAUUCAAGCAUUACACGAGCAAAAACCGUAAUAAAGAGAUCGGGUGAUAUUGCGGCGCCACGUCGUACACAGUUAUCACAGUAGCUGAAAAUUAAAAAUAAAAAAUAAAUG